AGGAAUUUGGAUAUUACAAAUAAUUUAGAAAAGAGAUGGCACUAUAAAAUUUAUUGGAAGUGGGGGGAGCAGUAAAAGCAAAAUAGUGAGAAAGAAGAAGAGCAGCGAUGGAUUUCUCUCCACUCUCCGAAGCCCUGGCCUCCAAAUCGUACGAAAGGGUUGCCGAUAUCUGCGACCAACUCAUGCUUCAGGUCGCGGCGGAGGGCGUCUCGUUCCAGGAAGACUGGCCCUACGCCAUUCAUCUUCUCGGUCACAUUUACGCCGGCGAUAUUAAUAGUAUGAGGUUUCUUUGGAAGUCGAUGCCGUCUGCAUUCAAGGAGAACAAGCCAGAAGUGAAGGCUGCUUGGAGAAUUGGGCAGAAGCUCUGGGUGAGGGACCAUGGGGGUGUGUAUGAAGCUAUUCGUGGGUUUGAUUGGAGUCAGGAAGCUCAAGGUCUUGUAGCGGCCUUCUCAGCUAUUUACACCACGAAGAUGUUUCAGCUGCUGGAGUCUGCUUAUUCUACAAUAAGCAUCCAAGACACAGCUCUCUAUCUCGGCAUGAGUGAUGCUGAUGCCAGCAACUACGUACAACAGCAUGGAUGGAUUGUGGACCCUACUUCUCAAAUGAUUACUGUGAAGAAGCAACCUGUUUUUACUGAGCAGAAACUGAAUCCCAGUAAAUUGCAGAGCUUGACGGAAUAUGUAUUCCAUCUAGAGCAUUAAUGCAGUUUUUAGACAACUGAAGCUGUGAUUUUGUCCUUGUUAAACUUAGAUUCUGAGUAGGGUAAAAGCUUAAAAGAUUUUGGAUGGUGUAUGGAAGCUUUUCUGAUAGGCUACUACAUAUUAUUGCAGUUGAGACGAAUUCUUGUCCUGUGAAGUAUCAUUGCCUAAUCCUAGUUC